ACGAGGAGUGUCGCGCGCUGGGAGGCGCGCCUACACGUUCACGCGAGUACGAGUGCGAUCGUCCUUUUUUUUCUUCUUCUUCUUUUUUCCUCCCGAGUCCGUCUCUGUCUCAGGGAAGAUGGAGGGCACGGCGUACGGAGCGGCCAGGGCCGGAGGAGCCUUCGACCCCCUGACGUUCGUGCAGCAACCUCACACCGUCCUCCGCAUGGUCUCCUGGCUUUUCUCGUUAGUAAUAUUCGGCUGCAUUGCUAACGAGGGAUACGUGAACAGGCCGGACGAGGUGGUGGAGUACUGCGUGUUCAACCGCAACCAGAAUGCUUGUAACUAUGCUGUAGGUAUGGGCACGCUGGCCUUUAUUUGCUGCAUGGCCUUCCUGGCACUGGACGUGUACUUUCCUCAGAUCAGCAGUGUAAAGGAUCGUAAGAAAGCUGUUCUCGCGGAUGUCGCAGUGUCGGUGUUUUGGUCCAUCGUCUGGUUUGUGGGCUUCUGCUUCUUGACCAACCAGUGGCAGGUGGCGAAACCGGAGGACAAUCCCCUGAAGGAGGGCGCAGAUGCUGCUCGUGCUGCCAUCACCUUCUCCUUUUUCUCCAUCUUUACCUGGGCAGCCCUUACAUGGUUAUCUUUGAAAAGGCUCCAAUCAGUGAAUUUUGAAGAGGAAUACAUCAAAUUGUUCCCUUCCCAGCCCUCAGUCUUAUCUCUAACACGCUAACACACUUGCACAGGCUUACACAGUCACCACACGCACACACACGCACACACACACAUACAUACACACCAUUCCUUCUAUGCUUUCAGCCCUAUAAGUGCCCUAUGAGGAAAGAAAGAAAUUCAUUAUCAGGAAAUUAAAGGGACCAAAUAAAUUGCCUAGAUUGAUAUGAUAAAUAAAUAAAUAAAUAAAUAAAUAUAUAUAUAUAUAUAUAUAUAUAUAUAUAUAUAUAUAUAUAUAUAUAUAUAUAUAUAUAUAUAAUUUAUUUAUACAGUAUAUAUAUUUUUGUAUAAAAAUUUCUACAGAGAUUUGUAUGUGACAUUCAUUUAUACACUAUUGUUUGCUUCUGGCUCCUUUGGCAAUAAAUAGCAAACAACUGACUCUUGCUCUAAACAAAUUAAAAUUUAAACUUAGCUACAA